CCUGAAAAAAAAAAAUGACGUGAAAUAAUAAAAAAAAAAAAAAAGUUGAAAUCCCGUUGUGAUAAAGAAAAUAUUUUUUGUUGUUGUUUGGUGCGUUUCGCUUUGCUUCUUGUUGUUGUUUGUUAGAUACAUAGAUAAAAAAAAAAAUGCCUAUUGUUUACUCUUUUGCUAAUGGAGACGCGCUUUCCAGUGGUCUUGACGGGUUUGUUGAAAAAGUGUCUGGUGAGGCGAUUGCAAAGCACGGUCAUCUUUCCAUUGCCAUCUCGGGUGGAUCCUUACCCAAGAUUCUGUCCAAGCAGUUAGCACACAACGCCAACGUUGAUUUCUCCAAAUGGCAUAUCUUUUGGGCCGAUGAACGCUGUGUAGCUCACGAUCAUGCGGAUUCCAACUAUCUCGAGGUCAAAAAAUCCCUUCUUGACCAUAUCCCCCAAAUUCCUCAAGAGAAUAUUCAUGCCAUCGAUAAUACUUACGCCACGGCCAAGGAUGCUGAAAAGGCCGCUGUAGACUACGAACAACAAUUGCUCAAGUUCUUCAAGACAGAAGAAAUACCUCGUUUUGAUUUGAUCUUGUUGGGUAUGGGCCCCGAUGGUCAUUGUUGCUCCCUUUUCCCUGGACAUCCCUUGUUGGAUGAAAAGAAACGUUUGGUGGCUCCCAUCUUUGAUUCUCCCAAGCCUCCUCCCGAGAGAAUUACCUUGACUUAUCCUGUGGUGAAUGCGGCUCAAUGUAUCGUCUUUGUCACGGCGGGUGACGGUAAAAAGGACAUGGUACAACAAAUCAUUGAACAACCCGAGUUGAAUUUACCUUGUCAACGUGUCAACCCUACCGAUGGUCAAGUCUAUUGGUUCAUUGAUGAUGCUGCUGCUGCUAAAUUAAGAAAAGAAUCUUGUUCAGAUUAUAAGUUAUAAAAAAAAAAAAGAAGGGAAACUCCCUAUAAUAAAAACAAUUCUCCUUUACAUGUUGUAUAAA